CUGUAUAUCAUCGACGAUCAGGUAUCAUGACUCCAUCCUUUGCUGCAUCCUGCGUACGUGUUUGUGCAGCGGUGCCUGAGCUGUGCUGUGUGGACGCGUGUGUGAGAGUGCUAUUAUAGGCCUAGCACUAGGGCCUAAACAAGAAAAAGAGAAUAUGUCAGAACGUUGGGUUGGACGAGUAGCGUUGGUAACUGGUGCCUCUGUAGGAAUUGGAGCAGCAAUUGCUCGAAAGUUAGUUGGACAUGGAAUGAAGGUCGUUGGAUGUGCCAACAACGGGUUCGACAAAGUCAAGGCAAUUGCAGAGGAACUCAAAUCCCAGAAUGCACCCGGUCUUCUACACCCAGUGAAGUGUGACGUCAGUAAAGAAGCUGACAUCUUAGCUAUGUUUUCUGAGAUUAAGGAUAAGUUUGGAGGGGUUGAUGUUUGUGUUAACAACGCUGGUCUGUCGUUUGAAUGUCCGUUGAUGUCUGGAAAAACUGAACAUUGGCGAUACAUGUUGGAGGUGAAUGUAUUGGCCCUUGCAGUCUGUACGAGAGAGGCUAUUAGUCAAAUGAUAGAGAAGGGAGUAGACGAUGGGCAUAUAUUUCACAUAAACAGGGCUUAUUACUUUUCCAGUAUGAGUGGACAUCGUGUGGCAGCCUCAACUUCUCCCAUUGGUUUUUACAGUGGAACAAAACACAUGGUUACAGCUAUGACAGAGGGUCUUCGACAGGAACUUAGGUCAAAGAAGUCCCACAUUAGAGUUACGAGCAUAUCUCCAGGAAUGGUUGAGACCGAGUUUGCAAUCAGGAUGAGAGGAGAAGAAAGGGGAAAGCAAAUUUAUAGUCAAAUCAAGAAUCUUGCAGCUGAUGAUAUUGCUGACUCAUUGGUUCACGCGUUGCAUGCUCCUCCUCACUGCCAGAUCCAUGAUAUACUUAUACGUCCAAUUGAACAGGAGACGUGAGGGUGCAACUUAAAAUCACUUUUUUCAGAAACAAUAUAACACUGAUCGCACUUUUAUGGUGUACCCAAGUUAUGUCACGCGACAGGCUGUAAACAAACAUUGCCGAAUCGGUCCGUUAUAAACUGCCUUUUUUCUGCUAUAGGCUCAAUAAUUCAUUAGAAUAAUUUUGAGAGAGAUUACUUAUUCUUAGUAAUGCUUAUUUAACAUGUAGAGUGUUGUAAUAACUGUAUAUAUUAAGUUGAUAAUAUGGCUAUAAUGUACAUAUCAUGAAGAAUUGCUUAGGAAUGUAAUUUAUAUUAAUAAUAACUAGAGCAGUCAUUCCAUAGCCUGCUUACCUCCGCCUUGUGCCUGAAUACAGUACCAACAAUACGCAGAUCAUGUAUGAUGGGCGAAACUACAGCAUACCCUCAAUGAAAUAAUGAAAUUUCCUGUUGUAUUCAGGCACAUUUUCUUGAGUGCUGCAGCAUGCCCUAAAAAAAUAUUGGAAUCACCUGUUGUAUUCAGGUACAUUGUUUUUUUGAGUGUUGCCUGAAAAUGAGGGGCGAUUCCAUUAUUUUCUUUUAUGCUCGAAGAGAAAAAAAAUUUAAUUUCCUUGACCUUGUCCUUUGACCUUUUCUACUGAAAAUUGAAUAGUGUCUUUCUUUGAUGAUUAUGUACCAUUCCACUAAAUUUUAUGAGGAUCCAUCAUAAGUUUUUGCUUAAUUUUGCUGACAGACAGACAGCCAGACAGCAUUGAACACAUUACCUCAUUGGCAGAGGUAAUAAUGAUAUUGAAAAAUUUUUGAAGCGCCGGUAUCUGUUUAAAAAAAGAAAACACUCAUGGUGCCCCUCCACAAGAAAUUCAACAAGGCCUAUAAUAACUAUAGUAUACUGAAUCUUUGAAUAUGAACAUAAUUUAUAUAUAAUAGUAAUGUAUGAAAUAUGAACUAUUCAUUGUAGUGUUAUAAAUUUAAAGAGAAACAAUAAAUGUUUUACCUUCAGAGAAAAAAAAA